UAACUGACAGCGAACCCUGACGGGAUUUUCUCAGCGUUGUUAGUGAAUAGCCCCCUGCUACGCUGACGGACGGACGGGAAGAGACCAGCAGUGGCUGUGGAGUGAAGUAGUCGACUAGAUUGAGUUUUAUUGAGUGUGUCGACAGUUCCGAGCAUUAGCAAGAAGGGCCGGCAACGGGGAAGUAAGGAAAGAUGGCGGCCGCUGCCUCGCCGGGCUCCGGCUCGUCCACCCCCUCGGACUGGAUUGUACUCCGAGACGGUUGCUUGCGUUGCGACGAGGAGGGCCUGCGAAGCCUUUCAUACCACCCAGCCCUCAACGCUAUCUUAGCAGUCACCAGCAAAGGGAGUAUCAAAGUCAUUGACGGCACUUCGGGGGCUAUUCUCCAGGCUUCUGCGCAGCACGUUAAACCUGGCGGUCGUGUCAGAUGUCAAUACUUUCCUGCUGUGGAUAAGGUGCUCUUUGUUGACGACUAUGCAGUGGGAUGCAGGAAGGACCUAAAUGGCAUCCUGCUGUUGGAUACAGCCCUCCAGCCUCCAGUGACCAAACCUGACGAUCUGGUUCAGAUGGAGCUUCCCGUCACUGAGGCCCAGCAUCUGCUAUCAGCCUGUCAGGAAAAGAUUGACAUUUCCAACACAAAGGGCUACGAAUUAUUUUUUCUCCAGCUGAAAGAAGGCCUGAAAAAUACCUCACAUGAGACAGCAGCCAAUCACAAAGUGGCCAAGUGGGCGACAGUAACGUUCCAACUUCCUCAUCAUGUGCUGAAGCUGGUUGCCAGUGCCAUUGUCAGUGAGCUCAAGAAGAUCAACCAGAACAUUGCUGCCUUGUCUGUGGCUUCAUCGAUCAUGGACAGACUCUCCUACCUCUUGUCAAGCGCCCGAUCUGAGCUUGGCGUGGGGCCAGGGCGCUCUGUAGAUAGAUCUUUAAUGUACAGUGAGGCCAACAGGAGGGAGACAUUUACAUCAUGGCCACAUGCCGGGUACCGGUGGGCUCAACCUGAUCCAAUGGCUCAGGCAGGGUUUUACCACCAGCCUGCUUCUUCAGGGGACGACAGAGCAAUGUGUUUCACCUGCAGUGUAUGUUUGGUUUGUUGGGAACCAACGGAUGAACCUUGGUCUGAACAUGAGCGACAUUCUCCCAAUUGUCCAUUUGUAAAGGGUGAGCACACACAAAAUGUUCCUUUGUCAGUGACACUGGCAACCAGUCCCGCUCAGUUUCCCAACAGUCCUGAUAGUUCAGACAAAAUUGUCUGCUACGGCUUUGGCAGCUGCCCACAGUUUUUGGCUGUUGCAACAAAGAGAGGCAAGAUCUGUAUUUGGGAUGUCUCCAAAAUGAUGAAGGUGCACCUGAAGUUUGACAUUAAUCCGUAUGACCCGACCAUCCUGAGGGACCUGAUCCUGUGUGGUGGUGAGCAGAGCCAGCGAACUCUGACCGAGUCUAGGAGACCCACUUUAGCGUGGCUUGACGAGUCUUCCUUGUGCUCAGAUCUGCCCAAGCUUGAGGGAGAUAGUGAUGACCAGUUGGAGGAUUCAGAUAGCGAUGAGCCUUCUCGAUCCGAGUCAUUAACAGGUCAACCUUCUCAGUGGGAGAGCAUGGAUGUGAGCCUUGGAGUUACUGCGCUUAGUGUGCUCCAGCAGCCAGAGAAACUCCAGUGGGAGGUGGUGGCCAGUGUGCUUGAGGACACAGUCAAAGACCUGGAGGAGCUAGGUGCUAAUCCUUCACUCAAUCAAACCAAGGCCCACAACCAGGCCAAAUCAAAGGACAAAAUCCCUGAGCACCACAGCAUUCCUUUCCCCUGCUUGCUGGCCGGAGGCCUGUACAGUUACCGCACAGCAUCUAGCAACUCAACAACUGGACCUCAACCCUCAGUCCCAUCUUCUACUCGCAGGGUGAAUGAUAAUUCAACUAGAACUCAGGGCCCUGAGCCCUUCCAAGCAAGGCCUAUCCAGGACCAAGGUUCUAUGGAAAUAGAAAUAUGUAAUCCUCAGACGACUGCUCCUGAACAGUGCUUCUCUAACUUGGUACGAUCUCAGCCUCCAAGUCCUUCUGUAUCAUCUAUUUACAGGACUUUACCGGUGCUGCUACUUUACACUAUCAGAGAGACAGAUGAGAAGACCUCAGGGCAGGUAUUUCCUCAAAUGAACAACCUAAUGAGCAAGGCUCUCCAUGAUGAGAGCUUCACUGUGCCACAAAUUAUUGAGAUGGAGUUUGACUCACAUGAGCAGCUUCUUCUUCAGGAUCCCCCCAUCACAUACAUUCAACAGUUUGCUGAAUCUGCAACUAAUCUGGCAGGCUUUGAUAGUCAGAUAGACAAAUGGAACAGUUUAGCUGCCGCUGGCUCCUCUGCCCCGCCUCGACCUGGUACACUAGUACAGUGCUUGAGGUUGCCCAAGGAACUAGAAGAGGAGAAUCUUUGUGUGGACUCAAUUACGCCGUGUUGGGAUGGUGUACACCUUCUAGUCGGGCUGCAGCCCUGCAACGUAGAAUCUUUGAGUGGGGCAAACCAAGUCGAAGCCCUGAACAAUCUCAACCGCCUGCAUUCUGCCCUCUGCAGCCAGCAGAAAGGGGACACCCUACAUCCAGUUGCCAAUGGGGUUGAAGGGAACCUCCAAGAGGGCACCCCCCCCCAAUCAAACUUAAUCCUGCCUUCAGGGGACCAACAGAAAACGUGCCCAAGCGGUGGAGGCUAUCUUGCACUCUAUAAGCUCAACUACUCUACUCGUAUUGUAACCUUGGUUGAAGAACCUAUUAAGGUCCAGCAGAUAUCUCAGCCCUGUGAUGCAAUUACCUCCCUUAUACUGCUUCCUCCAGAUGUGCUCGACAGCAGAGAAGAUGACAGUGAGGAGACUACAGAGGAGGCUCCUCCUGGUUCAAAAAAUGGUGCGUCAUGCUUUGGAAUUGGCUUGUCAGGCUCUACUGCCAAUUUAACUCGUACUGUGAAUGGAGCAGUCAUAAGCAGCGGCAGUCCCGAGGCGACCAGUCCCUCCAACAGUCUUAAAGAGUCCAAGAAACAUGAGGUGGUAGGCCUGGGCCACUUGGUAGUGACGACACAGGGUGGGAAUAUAUUGAUCCUUGACCUGUCUACGUUGGAGGUUCUAACCAAGGUGGAACCUCCGAAAAAAGAUGGAGCAGUGGAAGAGAUAGACCCUUUUGUGUCUGUAACUUAUUGCUCUGGGACUGACCGCCUAUGUGCCUGCACUAAAGGUGGAGAGCUUCAUUUCCUUCAAAUUGGAGGUGUUUGCGAUGAUAAUGAUGAUGGCGACAUGUUUAUUGAUGGCCCCAUUUCUAAAGGGGCUGAAAUGUUGCUGGAGUGGGCCAGGCCUUCCUCUAACCCUUCUAGCCCUGGGAUCACAGGCAUCGAACUCCUGGUGGACCAAUCCUUGACCACCGACAGCCUAAUGUCGCUGGUAGAGCUGACACGCUUUGAGACGUUGACACCCCGCUUUUCAGCAACUGUACCGCCUUGCUGGGUUGAGGUACAGCAAGAGCAACAGCAGCGACGGCAUCCUCAACAUCUUCAUCAGCAGCACCAUGGAGAUGCAGCUCAGCACACACGCACCUGGAAGCUUCAGAGUGAUGGUUCAAGCUGGGAUGAGCAUGUCUUUGAACUGGUGUUGCCUAAAGCCUGCAUGGUUGGCCAUGUGGACUUCAAGUUUGUCCUGAAUGCCAACAUUGUCAACAUUCCUCAGAUUCAGAUCACUUUAUUGAAGAAUAAAGCCCCUGGCCUGGGAAAAGUCAAUGAGACUGCAGUUGAUAGACAGAUCACAUUCCCCCUCUGCAAUAUCCUGCAUACCAAUGGGGAAAAGAAUGCCCGGGCUACGAUGCACGACUUUACAGAGGACAUCCAUUUUAUGGACAUAGAGGACACAUCACGCUCUGUGUUGUGUCCAUUCUUAGAAGAGCACAAGGAGGACAUUUUGUGUGGACCAGUAUGGCUUGCCAGUGGGCUCGAUCUCUCAGGUCAUGCUGGCAUGCUCAGCCUCACUAGCCCAAAGUUGGUCAAAGGCAUGGCUGGUGGAAAGUACCGCUCCUUCUUGGUUCAUAUCAAAGCAGUAAGUGACAAAAACAUGGAGGACAGCCCUCGACCUGUUAUGAGAAUGCCCAGUGCCAAACUCCAUUGCUCGAAAGCUCACUCGCUGUCCACUCUGUUACAAAGGGCUCAGGCCUCCAAGGACAAGGUGUCUGGAAUUAAACCAGAUAGCCAAACAUCUUCCAAGAAAGUAGAAAACCUGCGAGGCUGCGAUCUGCUACAGGAAGUAUCUGUUACAAUCAGAAGGUUCAAAAAGACAUCGAUUCCCAAAGAGAGGGUUCAGCGCUGUGCAAUGCUGCAGUUUCCACACUUCUAUGAGAAGCUGCUGGAUGUCCUGUGCCAGCAGACAGAUGGUGGCCUCUCCACAGAACAUGCCCAAAGCCUCUCCCUGGACAUCUUGUGCUGGCUGGCUGGUGUUUUUUCCAUUGGACCAUGCGGGUUACGAGAAGGAAAGGAGGGGCUGCUGGCCAAAACCAGAGUGAGGCUAAUGGAUAUUAUUUCAGUAUGUUUCUUUGAGGCUGGCAGGAGCAUAGCUCACAAGUGUGCACGGUUUCUUGCCCUUUGCAUCAGCAAUGGGAAAGGUGAUCCCAGUCAACAAGGUUUCAUCACAAGUCUUCUGAAGGCUCUCUUGGACAAUAUGCCGUACUUACCUGCUGCAGCAACAGGCGGCUCGGUGUUCUGGUAUUUUAUAUUGCUGAACUAUGUAAAGGAAGAGGACCUGGCAGGGUGCAGCACUGCUUGCGCUUCCCUUCUCACUGCUAUCUCAAGACAGCUCCAAGACAGACUCACCCCAAUGGAGGCACUGCUGCAGACCAGGUAUGGACUAUACAGCUCCCCUUUGGAUCCUGUGCUCUUUGACCUUGAGGUCAGUGGUUCCUCUUGUAAGAAUGCCUUCAAUAGCAGCAUUGGGGUACAGUCAGAUGAGAUUGACCUCUCUGACAUUCUCUCAGGGAAUGGCAAAGUAAGUUGCUGUGGUGCUGCGGAGGGAAGCUUCACAGCAUUAACAGGGCUCCUAGAGGUAGAGCCUUUACACUUCUCUUGCAUAUCCACUAGUGAUGGCACACGAGUGGAGCGUGACGAUGCCAGCAUGUUCACUGUGAGUACAUUUGGCGUUACCCCUGCGGUUGGUGGCCUUUCUACAGGAAUGGUUGGUGACGCUUCUACAGCUCUUAGUUCUGCAGCACAAGUGGCACUGCAGUCUCUGUCCCAUGCCAUGGUCUCAGCUGAACAACAGCUACAGGUCCUACAGGAGAAGCAGCAACAGCUCCUGAAACUUCAGCAGCAGAAGGCUAAACUCGAAGCCAAACUGCAUCAGACCACCUCUGCAGCUGCCGCCUCUGGUGUGGGGCCCACCCACAACUCCGUGCCUUCCAACUCCUCCUGUGCUCCGGGUUUCUUUAUUCAUCCCUCAGAUGUCAUUCCGCCUACACCUAAAACGACACCCCUCUUCAUGACACCUCCUCUCACCCCACCGAAUGAGGCUGUGUCUGCAGCCUUCAGUGCCGAGCUGGCUCACCUCUUCCCUGGCUCCAUGAUGGACCCUGGGCCAGUUAACCUGGCAACACACAAAAACUCCCAGAAAGCCAAGCCUAGUCCAAUGGGCAGUGGGUUGGCUUUAGCGAUUUCUCAGGCAUCUCACUUUCUGCAGCCUCCCCCACACCAGUCUAUCAUCAUAGAGCGAAUGCAUUCUGGAGCCCGUCGCUUUGUGACAUUGGACUUUGGCCGACCUGUCCUACUGACUGAUGCUCUCAUCCCGACCUGUAGCGACUUAGCCUCUUUGUCCAUAGACAUUUGGACGCUUGGUGAGGAAGUAGAUGGUCGCAGGCUGGUGGUAGCCACUGACAUCAGUACGCACUCCCUCAUUCUACACGACUUACUGCCUCCACCCGUAUGCAGGUUUAUGAAGAUUACUGUGAUUGGCCGCUAUGGCAGUACCAAUGCCCGUGCUAAGAUUCCCCUGGGCUUUUACUAUGGUCAUACAUAUAUUCUACCCUGGGAGAGUGAGCUUAAACUGAUGCAUGAUCCUCUGCGGGGAGAAAGUGAACCUGCCAGUCAACCUGAUGUGGAUCAACAUUUAACCAUGAUGACAGCAUUACAGGAAGAUAUCCAGUGCAGGUACAAUCUCGCUUGCCAUCGGUUGGAGACACUCCUCCAGAAUAUCGAUCUGCCACCCCUCAACAGCGCCAACAAUGCUCAAUACUUUUUACGCAAACCGGACAAGGUGGUAGAAGAGGACCAACGUGUUUUCUCAGCGUACCAAGAUUGUAUCCAGCUUCAGUUGCAACUCAACCUGGCUCACCAUGCUGUCCAGAGAUUGCGUGUUUCACUUGGUGCAAGUCGAAAGUCUUUACCCACGGCCAGGCCUCAUGAGGCUCAAGACCUGGUUCACAACUCCUCCACAGAGCAACUAAGAACUAUCAUCCGCUACCUUCUGGACACAUUGCUUAGCCUUCUGCACUCUAACAAUGGACACUCAGUGCCGUCAGUGCUCCAGAAUACCUUCCACGCACAGGCUUGUGAGGAGCUCUUCAAACACCUUUGCCUCAGUGGGACACCGAAAAUUCGUCUUCAUGCUGGUCUUCUUUUGGUACAGCUGUGUGGAGGUGAACGCUGGUGGGGACAGUUCCUUUCAAAUGUAUUGCAGGAGUUGUACAACUCUGAGCAAUUGCUCAUCUUUCCGCAAGACAGAGUGUUUAUGCUCCUGUCCUGCCUUGGCCAAAGAUCCCUUUGCAACAGUGGUGUGUUGGAGGGUCAAUUGAACCUCCUGAACAGCUUGUUGUCCCCACUGCAACUGCCACAAGAUGCUACACAGCACAAGACUGAAGGUGUCUUGGAUAUCCCGAUGAUUAGCUGGGUGGUGAUGCUUGUUUCCAGACUUUUGGACUAUGUCACGAGUAUAGAAGAUGAAGCUUCAGGUGGGAAGAAGCCCCUUGGAGGCAAAGAAAGGGAGAGAACAUUUACAGGUAUUCAGUGGAGCUUUAUCAAUAACAGCCUUCACUCUCAGAGCACCAGCAGAUCAGUUAGCACCAGUAGCCUUGACAGACUCUACUCCCGCAAGAUUCGCAAGCAGCUUGUCCACCACAAGCAGCAGUUAAAUCUAUUGAAGGCAAAACAAAGAGCUUUAGUUGAACAGAUUGAGAAAGAGAAGAUCCAAAGCAACAAGGGCUCUUCCUACAAACUCUUGGUGGAACAAGCCAAACUCAAACAAGCCACAUCCAAGCACUUUAAAGACCUAAUCCGUCUUCGGCGGACGGCUGAAUGGCCGCGCUCAACAUUGGACACGGAGUCACCAACAGCCAAAGAAGCACCAGAAGUUGAACCCUUGCCCUUUACGUUGUCACAUGAGCGCUGCAUCUCUGUGGUGCAGAAGCUAGCCCUCUUCCUCCUCUCUAUGGACUUCACCUGUCAUGCCGACCUGCUACUUUUUGUCUGCAAGGUCCUCGCAAGGAUAACUAAUGCCACCAGACCAACCAUCCACCUUUCCGAGGUGGUGUCAGAGCUCCAGUUGGAGCGCUUACUUCUUCUGCUUGUGGGGACAGACUUCAACCGAGGGGAUAUCUCUUGGGGAGGUGCCUGGGCUCAGUAUUCCCUCACCUGCAUGUUACAAGACAUCCUGUCAGGUGAACUGCUUUCUCCAGGUUCACUGGAUGUUAUGGAUGAAGUGACAGUUGCUGAGGAGGCGGGAGCUUCGUCCUCAUCAGUUGGGGUUGAUCCAGAUGACACCUUGCCUCAGCCAACGCCGAUCCCCUUGGUAGAGAGCAUUGAUGAGACCCUCAUGCCUGAUAUUAUUGCAGGUGCUCCGUCGCUAUCAUCUUUGGAAAAAGACAAAGACAUGGACUUUGACUUGCUACAAGACCUGAUGGAUGUUGACAUUGAUCCUUUAGAUAUUGAUUUAGAAAAAGAUCCACUUGCUGCCAAAGUCUUUAAGCCAAUAAGCAGCACGUGGUAUGACUACUGGGGUUCAGAUUAUGGCACAUAUGGUUACUCUCCAUACAUGGGAGGUGUUGGUAUCCCAGUGUCCAAACCGCCAGUUGCUGUUGAAAAGCCCGUGUCACAAGGGCUUACAGUCUCUGUUUCGCAAGCACUGGAUGCUCGGUUAGAGGUGGGCUUGGAGCAGCAGGCUGAACUGAUGCUGAAAAUGAUGGCAACAUUACAAGCUGACUCGAUUCUGCAAGCUCUAACGUCAAGCUCUUCCACAGUUUGCCAGACCACCAACGGCACAGAUGACUCUCUCUUGAGGGCGCUGCAUGGAGGAGGCUCUCCUCCUGGUAGCACCCUCAUAGUCCAACCCUCUUCCAUUCCCAUGCUGAGUGCUUGCUUCAACAAGCUCUUUUCCAUGCUUCAAGUCCACCAUGUGCAGUUGGAGUCCUUGCUGCAGUUGUGGAUAACACUGAGUCUCAACACAAGCACAAUUGGCAGUGAAGAUAAUGGAUCUGACAUCUUCUUGUUUAAUUCCAGUCGAGUACCAACUAUUCCACUCAACCAAGCAUCUAUUAGCAGUUUUCUCACUGUGCUGGCGUGGUACCCCAAUGCCUCUUUGAGAACAUGGUGUCUCGUACUGCAUUCAUUGACCCUGAUGACUAACAUGCCAUACGCCUCAAGUAAUGGGAUGAGCACACAAGAAAGCACAGCACAUCAGAUGGUGUCUGAUCCUACGCUGGUUCAUGUGCUGGUGCGUUUCCUAUCUGGCAGUAACACCAAUGGAACAAAUCAGCAUAGCUCUCAAGUUGGACCCACUGCCACUCAAGCUAUGCAUGAGUUUUUGAGUCGCUUACAGGUGCAUCUUUCCUCCACUUGCCCACAAAUAUUCAGUGAGUUCCUGCUCAAACUCCUGCACAUCCUGUCGACUGAAAGGGGACCGUUCCAGUCAGGUCAGGGCCCACUUGAUGCACAGGUGAAGCUGUUAGAGUUUACUUUAGAACAAAACUUUGAAGUGGUGUCUGUGGUAACGAUCUCCUCAGUCAUCGAGUCUAUCACUUUCCUGGUUCACCACUACAUCACCUGCUCUGACAAAGUUAUCUCACGUAGUGGCUCUGAUAGCUCUGUGGGCGCUCGUGCUUGUUUUGGUGGGCUUUUUGCCAACAUUAUACGACCAGGGGAUGCAAAGGCUGUCUGUGGUGAAACGACCCGCGACCAACUGAUGUUUGACCUCCUUAAGUUAGUCAAUGUGCUGGUGCAGCUGCCUUUGUCAGGCGACAGAGAGUUCAGCGGUCGGCUGCCAGUUGCUGUGGGUGGGCCAGCUGAUAGCAGUGUGUCCGAUGAAGAGAAGGUUUUUGGAAGCAAAGAAAGUGUAGCUGGAGGAUCAACAUCUAGUCAGGGUCCCCCUGCUGGUGUGGCUGAUCUCGUACUGGCCAGUCAGCAGAUAAUGAGUCAGAUCUUAUCUGCACUGGGCCAGUGCAACAGCAGUGCCAUGGCUAUGAUCAUAGGUGCCAGUGGUCUCCAUCUAACCAAACAUGAGAACUUCCACGGGGGUCUCGAUGCCAUUUCAGUUGGUGAUGGCCUUUUCACAAUCCUCACCACCCUAAGCAAGAGGGCUACGUCUGUUCAGGUCAUGUUACAGCCCAUCCUCACUUACAUGGCCUGUGGAUACAUGGGUCGACAGGGUUCCCUUUCCACUUGUCAGCUGUCAGAGCCUCUUUUGUGGUUCAUUCUGCGAGUGUUGGAUACUAGUGAGGCUCUGAAAGCCUUCCUUGACAUGGGUGGCGUGCAGUUGAUUUGUAACAACAUGGUGACAAGCACCAGGGCCAUUGUGAACACUGCACGCAGCAUGGUUUCCACCAUUAUGAAGUUUUUAGAUUCAGGUCCAGGAAAGGCAUCAGACGGCAGCCUCAAAUCCCGAGUGGUGACAUCAGAACCAGACAAUGCAGAGGGACUCCACAACUUUGCCCCAUUAGGUACAAUAACAUCCAGUAGCCCAACAGCGCAGCCGGCAGAAGUCCUGCUUCAAGCUACGCCACCUCAUCGCAGGGCUCGUUCUGCAGCCUGGUCCUACAUCUUUCUUCCAGAAGAGGCUUGGUGCGACCUCACCAUUCAUCUCCCUGCUGCUGUGCUGCUAAAGGAGCUACACAUUCAGCCACAUCUUGCUUCUUUAGCUACCUGCCCAUCCUCUGUCUCCAUGGAAAUCAGUGCUGAUGGGGUAAACAUGCUACCACUCUCCACACCUGUUAUCACAAGUGGCCUCACCUACAUCAAGAUCCAGCUGGUGAAGGCUGAGGUUGCAUCAGCUGUAUGUCUAAGGUUGCACCGGCCUCGUGAUGCCAGCACGCUUGGUCUGUCUCAGAUCAAACUCUUGGGUCUGACAGCAUUUGGUAACACCUCCUCUGCAACAGUCAACAACCCUUUUUUACCCUCUGAGGAUCAGGUCUCUAAAACCAGUAUUGGUUGGCUUCGUCUUCUUCACCAUUGUCUGACCCAUGUUAGUGACUUGGAGGCCAUGAUGGCCAGUGCAGCAGCACCUACAGCUAAUCUUCUGCAAACCUGCGCUGCACUGCUAAUGUCACCUUACUGUGGUAUGCACUCACCUAAUAUUGAAGCAGUGUUGGUCAAGAUUGGCCUGCAGUCUACACGCAUUGGUCUUAAACUCAUCGACAUUUUGUUGAGAAACUGCGCUGCUUCUGGCACUGAUCCGGCAAAUUUGAACAGUCCUCUGUUGUUUGGGCGAUUAAAUGGCCUCUCCUCAGAUUCAACGAUAGACAUUCUAUACCAGUUGGGUACUACACAGGACUCAGGAACCAAGGACAGAAUCCAGGCUCUCCUCCAGUGGGUUCAUGACUCCUCAAUGGUUGCAGCUCUGAAAAUUCCCAUGGGCUUCUCAAGCAACAGUAGUGGGUCCUCUUCGUUGAGGGAGUAUGGGCUCCUCAUGCCCUCACCAUCCCACCUCCACUGUGUAGCAACCAUCUUAUGGCACAGCUAUGAGCUGCCUGUUGAUUACGACCUCCCGACACUCCUUAACCAAGAGCUUUUUGAACUCCUGUACAAUUGGUCCAUGUCUUUACCUUGUGACAUUGUGCUAAAGAAAGCUGUGGACAGCCUCCUGUGUUCCAUGUGUCACAUCCAUCCAAGCUACUUCUCGUUGCUUAUGUCAUGGAUGGGUAUUGGAUCACAUCCCAGUGCCAGUCACUCUCAAGCCCAGCAGCGCCAACUGGCCAUGACUGAUGAUGGCAAAAAGCAGCAUAACGCUAACACCACCUCCACCACAGGACUUACAGAUGACUCAAAGUAUGCAAGAAAUCCAGUGACUUUAUCCGACUCGCAGUUAACCACACUUGCAGCUGCUUCACAGUCUACAGCAGCAAUAGAGCAGCUGCUUGACUCUGGAUUGCCUUCACUCCUUGUUCGCAGCCUUUCCCAAUUCUGUGUAUGUCUACUCGCCAGUGCUGACUUGCCUCUGCCUGCUGCUCUGGCUGACAGGCGACACUACCAGUAUCAUUCAUGCUCCACAUCCAGCAAUAGUCGUCCACCUCUUACGGCAGAGCUAGCUGCUCCAGUGCUGCACUUCCUCACAGAAGUAGGAAACAGCCACGCCAUGAAGGACUGGUUAGGUGGACCAGAAGUCAACCCUCUUUGGACAGCACUGCUCUUCCUACUGUGCCACUCUAGUGCAAGGGCCACCACAGGUUGUCAACUCUUGGGCCAGGCCUCUUCUGGAGGUCAGUCUCCCUCACAGCCCCACCCCUCAGGAUCACGUUUUUCCCUGGCAUCUUCUUGCCAAUCUGGAGGGCUCACCACCCAGCAGAGAACAGCUUUGGAGAAUGCCACGGUGGCUUUCUUUCUGCAGUGCAUCUCCUGCCAUCCUAACAACCAGCGGCUUAUGGCGCAAGUUCUAUGUGAGCUCUUCCGAUCAGCACCUCAGCGAGGCAAUGUACCCAUCUCUGGAAACAUCUCUGGCUUCAUACGAAGGCUGUUCCUGCAACUUAUGUUGGAGGAUGAGAAAGUCACCGUCUUCCUACAGUCCCCCUGCCCGUUAUACAAAGGACGCAUCAAUGCUACCAGCCACAUGAUCCAACAUCCCAUGUAUGGAGCAGGCCACAAGUACCGCACUCUCCAGUUACCAAUCUCCACCACUCUGGUUGAGGUCCUAGACCGGGUGUCUGACACACCCAGCAUUACAGCCAAGCUGAUCAGUGAGCAAAAAGAGGACAAGGAGAAGAAGAAUCAUGAGGAGAAGGAGAAGAUGAAAGCUGACAGUGGCUUCCAGGACAACUACAGUGUGGUUGUGGCCUCAGGUUUGAAGUCCCAGUCCAAGCGAGCUCUAUCAACUCCUCCGAGACCUCCAUCACGAAGGGGUCGGGUGAUGAGUGACAAGUUGACGACUUCAUCAGGUGUUGACCCUUCUGCCAAAACCAUCAGUGUGCCUGUCUUCCACCUGUACCACCACCUGCUUCCAGGUCAACCCCUCUCACCUGAGAUGACACUGGCGCAGCUACUAACACUAUUGUAUGACCGCAAAAUGCCACAGGGCUACCAGUCCAUCAACCUCACAGUGAGACUGGGUUCCAAGGUCAUUUCUGACCCUGGACUGUCGAAGACGGAUUCCUUCAAACGACUGCGCACUGAGAAAGUGGAUCAUACUGAAUUGUUGAACAGUUGCCCCGAAGAUGAGCCCAUGACACCAGGCGACGAAUAUCAUGACGCCUCAACUGAUGAGUCCUUACUUGAAGCGCACCCCAUCCAGUCUCCAUUGCAAGUCUUUGCUGGAAUGGGGGGCCUGGCACUCAUUGCAGAGAGGCUACCCAUGCUCUAUCCAGAUGUCCUGCAGCAGGUCAGUGCCCCAGUUGUUCCCUCUGCAACACAGGAGAAACCAAAAGACGCUGAUCAGUUUGAGUGGGUCACGAUUGAGCAAUCAGGAGAGCUAGUGUACGAGGCACCGGAGUCCAUUACUACUGAGCCCCAGCCCAUCAACAAGCAGCAGGCCCAGUCGGUGUCUUCCUCUCCGUCCUCAGUGCAAACAAUGUCACCCAUCCCUGCCCACUCCUUGGCUGCAUUUGGCCUGUUCCUGCGUCUGCCGGGCUACGCAGAAGUGCUGCUGAAGGAGAGAAAACAUGCCCAGUGUUUGCUGCGCCUGGUGCUUGGUGUCACUGAUGAUGGAGAGGGCAGUCAUAUCCUGCAAUCUCCAUCAGCAAAUGUGUUGCCCACAUUGCCUUUUCAUGUCCUGCGAGCAUUGUUCAGUAUCACUCCUCUUACAACUGAUGAUGGUGUGCUGCUCCGGCGUAUGGCUCUGGAAAUUGGUGCCAUUCACCUUAUCUUGGCCUGCCUAUCAGCUCUCAGCCACCAUGCCCCACGGAAUCCCAAUGCAAGCAGCAAUGUGUCUGAGCCACAGAUGUCAAGUUGUCACGGUGGAGGGACCAGUGAGGAGCAGCAGCUCUACUGGGCAAAAGGAACAGGUUUUGGUACUGGAUCUACAGCGUCAGGUUGGGAUGUUGAGCAGGCUCUCACAAAACAGCGUCUUGAAGAGGAGCAUGUCACUUGUCUUCUGCAGGUCUUGGCAAGCUACAUUAAUGCAGCAGGUUCCAGCAGCUUCCAAAGUUCUGAAACAUCUUCAGCAGAGAGCAGAACCCACAACAGCUCAGUACUCCCAGUCGUGCUGCAGGAGCUCCUCAGUCAGUCCUGUCUCAUCCCUGCUAUGUCCUCCUACCUACGGAAUGACUCUGUUCUGGAUAUGGCACGUCAUGUGCCCCUGUAUCGGGCGUUGCUGGAGCUGCUUCGAGCCAUUUCGACCUGCACAUCUCUGGUCCCUCUGCUGCUGCCUUUGUCUGGUGACCGAGGGCAGGAAGAGGAAGAUGAAGAGCACUGUGAGGGACAGUCUUCUGUUGAGAUGCUACUGGCCAAAAUGAAAACAUGCGUGGACACAUACACAAAUCGCCUCAGGUCAAAGAAAGAUAAGAGCAAAGGAGUUGUGAAAACAGAUAGCUCAGAUCCAGAGCCUGAGGGCCUGACUCUUCUUGUGCCAGAUAUCCAGAAGACAGCUGAGAUAGUUUAUGCCGCUACAACAAGCCUGCGGCAAGCUAACCAAGAGAGGAAACUGGUUGAGUCUUCAAGAAAGGUAACUAGCAGACCCAAGCCCCUUUCUGUCCUGCGGUCUCUUGAAGAGAAAUAUGUUGCUGCCAUGAAGAAGCUGCAGUUUGACACUUUUGAAAUGGUGUCAGAGGAUGAGGAUGGGAAGCUGAUGUUCAAGGUCAACUACCAUUACAUGUCUCAGGUGAAGAAUGCCAGUGACACAAACAGUGCAGCCAGAUCCCGCCGUCUUGCCCAGGAGGCUGUCACCCUUUCCACUUCUCUGCCUUUGUCAUCUUCAUCAAGUGUCUUUGUCCGUUGCGAUGAGGAGAGACUGGACAUUAUGAAGGUUCUCAUCACAGGCCCAGCAGACACACCAUAUGCCAAUGGUUGCUUUGAAUUUGAUGUGUAUUUUCCCCAAGAUUAUCCCAAUUCACCUCCUUUGGUCAACCUGGAGACAACCGGUGGACACAGUGUGCGCUUUAACCCUAAUCUCUACAAUGAUGGCAAAGUAUGUUUAAGUAUCCUCAACACAUGGCAUGGGAGACCAGAAGAGAAGUGGAACCCACAGACCUCAAGUUUUUUACAGGUGCUCGUCUCAGUACAGUCCCUCAUCCUGGUGGCUGAGCCGUACUUCAAUGAGCCAGGAUACGAGCGCUCCCGUGGUACUCCUAGUGGCACCCAGAGCUCACGGGAAUACGACGGCAACAUACGUCAGGCUACUGCCAAAUGGGCUAUGCUAGAGCAGAUGCGCAACCCCUCACCAUGCUUCAAAGAAGUGAUCCACAAACAUUUUUAUAUGAAGCGAACUGAGAUCAUGUCUCAGUGUGAGGAAUGGAUCUCAGACAUCCAGCAAUACAGCAGUGAUAAGAGGGUUGGGCGCACUAUGUCCCAUCAUGCCGCCGCGCUAAAGCGGCACACAGCUCAACUCAGAGAGGAACUACUGAAGUUGCACUGCCCCGAUGGUCUGGAAGCGGAUGCUGAUGAGUUCUCUGCAAAGAGCUCGACGCUCAUUCUCGGAGAGCUGCCCGGCCAAGAUUUGGAGAAGCCCUGCGGCAGUCAGGACGAGCCCGGCAGCGAGGGCCAGCUCUGAGUCUCGGCCUUCCCCAGCACCUCAGAGUAUAGAUCGUGACGCUGAAGAAAAGACUUGAGGCCUUGGAGCACAAGCCACCAGUUUGUCCAUAUUUGUAUGUAAAGAUCUUAAUAGUAUCAUAGUGGAACGCGUGGGGAUGUGAGGAAACGCAAUGCCAUGAGAUAAACUCUGAACUAUGCUAUCCUUGCCCAUCAUGAAGAGUCAACAAAGACUUUUAUUUACCUUUAAAAAGUGUGUGAACAUUUUUUUUCCCCCCAGUUGUGAAAUAACCACUGAUUGGUAUGUUAUUAAACUUGUUUAUAAAUGCAUAAUGGCAGAGGAAAAUUAUAUAAGGGAAACUACCUUUAGCAAUGAAUGUUUACUAAAUUUGAAUUUUUUUCUUUCAUCUUUUGAACUGUUCAAGUGACAGAUGUUAUGAAUAUAGUGGUUAAUCUUUAAGGAAAAUAUUUAUAUAAUUGCAACAAAGAGGUGGAAAGAAGUAAGGAAAACACUACAGAGGGGAAAAAAAAAGCCCCUUCUUUGGUCACACGUCACUUCAUUUGGUAUCUCUGGGAUCAUAUCCACUUCAAUAAAAGCUGACAUCCUUAAAUGUUAUGUUCUCUCUUCCAAACGCUGGAUAAACAGACUGUGUGUCACCUCCACGUCAUUUGAAGGUUUCUGCAUGUUGGAUGUCUGUCUUCUGUGCGUGUGCAACAAUCCCUGUGAGAUACAAAGCUGUGAUGUGCCUUUGAGUGACACCAUGCCACCAAAUACUCCAGUGUACCUUUACUGAGGUUCUUUUGCCGUUUCUACACAAUGAUUAUGAAUUUUGCGUAGUCUGACAUAUCUAAAAUUGCUUGGAUCUUUUUUUUUUAUGUUGAAACUCCAGUGGACAAAAAGAUGCACUUUCUAUUUUAAUCACUCCCUCGAACAGCCGCUUAAUCCUUUUACUAGGACAUUAAAUGAUGCUUGAAAAUAUGCA